AUGUGGCAAUUACGUAUACAACAUGUGGUACUCGUGUUUCUGGCAUUUCAGUCCAUUGGUCUGGCCACGGGCAAACAGGAGCUGGAACAACAACAAGAGCAACAACAACAAAUUUCUGUUAACCAAAAGCGAGAGAAGCGUGCUGCCGUAAUUACAAUCGAUUUUGGUAUGCUCCUGCGAAACCUUCUGCUAAAGAGUGCCCAGUUGUCCAGUGCCAAGGCGAAUGUAACACGAACUGUGGCCAAUUUGAAGACAACUCGGCGUCCGACCACAACCCCAGCACCGCCGCCGCCCCCACCACCACCUCCAGUGCGACGUAGACCAAUUUAUGCCGGACCAUGGCGACCAUAUGAUUACUACUAUCCAUAUGGCAGUGAUGCUGAUUAUGGUGAAACGGGGCCAGCACCAGAAGCACCACCACCAAAAUUGAGACCAAUUCGUCCGCCUGCUCCUGCCCCUGCCCCUGCCUUGCGUCGUCCGCCACCACCACCUGACUAUGAUUAUGAUUAUGGGCCAGUUCCUGCUGCCGUACCAAGACAAGCACGUCCGCUGCCGCCGCCGCCGCCACCACCUCGUGCCCAACCGGCGCCGCCGUCGAGGCCACGUCGUCCUGUUGGACAGCCUCAACUGCCAGAUCGACUGAUCUAUCAGUAUGCACAACCGACUGAUAUCUACUCUAGACCCAUUGCGGACGAGAAUGGAUACGGGAUCGGGAUCGGGAUCGAGAACAGGAACGGGAACGAGAACGGGGGCAGGGAUGGGGACAGUGGCAUUGGUGGAUAUGAAGAGCAAAUUGAUGGAGAUGGAGAACAACCGUCUGUUCUGCCUCCCAUUGUGGUUGACGACCAGGCAACAAACCAAGAAGUAGACAAUAACUACUAUUCCAGAGCUUCCGCAUUUACUCAGACGGAUCAACAGCAGCCACAGCAAGAGGAUCAGGAAGCGUCCAUCAAUCAAUUUGCCCAACAACAAUACUAUUAA